CACACACACACACACUAAGACCCAGGAAGAGUCUGACUACUAAACUGAAUCCUGUACAUUUUUCUCAUAGUACAUGUAGUAACAACACAAUGGCCUGUACAUUACUACAGGCAUUCCUUGUCAUUCAUGGAUUUAUCUCUCUUUCAGCAGAUUCAUGCGAUUAUUCUUUCCGAAAUGGAUCUCCCGUCACCAUCCAUCUUAAAUACACUGACUUGAGUUCGAAAGAAUUAACCUGGAAACACAAUGAAAAACUUAUAUUUAAAAGAAGGAAUGGAAAGUUCAUACCAGGCAAGGCUGAGGACAUCUUAGAUGAUGGGUCUCUCCAGCUCAAAGGCCCGAUGUUGAAAGACGAAGGUACUUACAAAGCAGAGGUGUUCGACAGCGACGGGAAAAGCAUCAAAGAGCAGUCCUUCAGACUGUGUAUGGAAAAGGUCUCCAAGCCCUCAGUGAAAUUCACCUGUUCUGCUAAGGACGUCACCUUUACCUGUACCUUGACCAACACUGAGGGAGUGAAUUUCAAGUGGAGCAGGAACACAAAGACCCUAGAUAGGGAAACAAAGACAACCUUGACCAUCGAUCGGAAAACACUGAAAGCGUCGGACACCUUCACCUGCUCUGCAGCCAGCGAGGUCAACGAGGAGACUAGUGACGUCAUCCAACCAACAUGCAAAGCUGUCUUGAACUCGGGUGUUCCUCUUUUACUGUUUGGUUUUGAUUUCUGGACCAUGGUGGGCAUCCUGGCCGGGGGAGGGGGCUUGGUACUCCUCCUCAUCAUCACCACCUUGGUGUGCUGCUGCCUCAGCCGACGCAAGAGCCAGAUGCACUUUGAAGAGGAACGAGAGUUGAGACUAGCCCCGCUGACCAAGACCCAGCAUCCUUUCCACCCAGAGGGCCAGACAAAGCAUCCUUUCCACCCAGAGGGCCAGACAAAGCAUCCUUCUCACACAGAGGGCCAGAAGCAAAGGCAGAGACCCCCCGGUGGGGCCCCACCUGGUUCCACUGGCCCCAGGCCCACAGCCAGAGCCUCCAGCCAGGCAGCGCCCCAACCCAGAGCCCAGGCUCGAGAGAGGCCUCCACAGAUACCAAUGGAUGACGAUGAGGAGCAGCCCCCACCGCUACCCCAGCCCAGGAAGAAAGGCCCUCACCCCCCCAGGCAAUGAGUCUGGAAAACAGGUUUAGCCUAUAUACUUUUUGAUCCAAGGAAAGGAGUUCCAACAGUCUACAUGUUGAAAAUGUUAUUAUCUAAAGAAUAGAAAAGGAAGGAAAAAAUACCCAGUGUUCUAUUCUACAUAUUAAUAUAGAUUAUUUUUACACUCAUUUUUAUAUAAAUUAAAUGUUUUUCUUCCAAUGCCUUUUCAAAAUUAUGUGUCAUUGUUUUUAUGUGUUGAGUUGAGUGCUUAGCAAAAUCAUCCAUAGGUUGUAGCCUACCUAUCUAUCCACCUCCUCUUGAAUUUGUGACCUUAACUUGAUGUCUGUGUGGUUGUCAAUAAAAACUAAAGAAUUACA